UGUCCAAGUCACAGACCUACCAUAUUCCCCCGGUAUCCUCAUACCCGUCUGAGAUCUCCCAUAUCUUUAUGGAGAUAGCAGAUCCAUAUACCAGCGAUGUAAUUUCUGGGAUAUUAACCAUCAGGUGCAUUGAUGAAGCUCAUCUCCAAUCUAUCCAGGCGGUUAAGUUAAGAUACAAUAGCGAAAUCAUGUGCGAGUUUGCGUUUCCUUCCAAUGAAUGGCGCACUUUAACCAGGGUAGAAGACUACUGUUCGAACUUUGAAUCUUGUGAUGAUGGCAAGGGAUCAAAGUGCCGCAGUCACAGUACCUACUCUAACGAUAUCAAGGAUAUGACCAAUAGUUACGACAAUGCGAUCAGUCAAGGUAAAACGGUCAAACUCUCUCAGAGCUAUUCGGAGUUUAUGGAUUUGCGUGCGUACAUGUCUAAAGGCUCUCUGGUUAUGCUAAUCCCCUUUGAAUUCCCGCUUUCUCAGAAGCUAACCACUCUUCUUGCUUUUGGAGCCUCAAACAACUUGGGACGGGACUGCCUAAGCCGUGUUUUCCGCAACGACUUGUCAGUAGAAGCAAUGUUUGUCAAGAAUAUCGAUGCGUGCUCCAAAAAAGGGAAUAAUCUCAAAUCCUUCUUCAGCAAUAUUUGGCGCCCUUCCAGGUCAUCCAUCAAUUUCGAUCUAAACGAUAUGUUAAUGAACUCCUUCCGUGCGCAGCGCGAUACUUCCCCGUUGACUAGAACGUACAUCCAGGCAUCCAGCUUACACGGAUUGAUAAUGGGAAGUCCAUCCAACCGUCAAAACUUCAAUUCGACCCAAAUUCCAAAACUGAUGCGUCCGUCGGUUACGUCUAGUAAGGUAUACAUGUUAUCCCAAAUUGAUUUUGGUCUAUUAAGGGAAGCUACAUAUAACAGAAUGCUUUUCUCAGCUCCAUCGUACCAAAAAA